GGCCGCUGGAGCUUGCGCUCGAUCAAAAAGGUGGGGAGGAAGGGCUCUUGGUGGGCCUACUCGGCUCCGCGCGGACGACAGAGAAAAAUAGUGGAACACCAAGAAAAAAAAAAUCUGAAGAAAGGAAAUUUUCUAUCUCUCGCUCUCUCUGUUUGAUAUAGGCCCAAAAUGUGGUCUCCGCGCACCCGUGCCCAAAAGGAGUGGAGGAAUGGAGAGUGUGAUCUGCGGGAGGAUCUCCCUCUCCCCCUUCAACCCUAAAUCUGGGGACAGACUGCCUUCUCAGGGAAUAUGCCUAAAUCGGGUCACUUUCAUGACAGUAUCAGCUACAACACCAGGCAAAGGAGGUGGGCUAUUGGAGAGGCCAACCAUUGAAAGGACCACCCCUGGACGUGAAUCUGAAUUUGACUUGAGGAAAUCAAGGAAAAUUGCACCACCUUACCGUGUACUGUUGCAUAAUGAUAACUACAAUAAGAGGGAGUAUGUUGUUCAAGUUUUGAUGAAGGUUAUUCCUGGGAUGACACUGGAUAAUGCUGUCAAUAUCAUGCAAGAGGCGCACUAUAAUGGGCUUGCUGUGGUAAUCAUUUGUGCUCAAGCAGAUGCUGAAGAACACUGCAUGCAGCUCAGGGGAAAUGGCCUGUUAAGUUCUAUAGAACCAGCUAGUGGUGGAUGCUGAUGAUCUUUUGUACUGUUAUGUUACAGUUGUAGCUGUUAGGAGUCUGAUUUAUCUGUACAUAACAAUCUGAAUAUCUGCUGCCUACACUUUGAUGAAAUUAUCACAUAGGAAUAAUAGAGUGCUGUUGGUCUGCUGGAGAAAAAACUUCAUUACAUUUGCUUAAAUUAA